GUAUUCUGUCAUCAGCUGUCAUAUAGAAUGAAGUUGUGAAAAUUUUGAACGUAUAUUGAAUUAAUUAAUUUAUUUGAAAACUAUUUUACCAAGUACUGAUAAGUAAUAAUGGCAGGAUCUGCAGAUGAACUAAUGCUCCUGGAGAGAGUUUUUCUGAGAUUGGGAUCUGCAGAAACUGAUGAUCAGCUGCAAAACGUACUGUGCAAAUUCCUUCCUCCAGUCCUAUUGAAACUGUCUUCAUCUCAAGAAGCAGUUCGUAAGAAGGUUAUGGAACUGUUAAUCCAUGUGAAUCGAAGAUUAAAAACGAGACCAUUGGUGCAGCUACCAGUAGAGGCUCUUUUAACCCAAUAUCAAGACCCUUCAGCUACCUCAUUUGUGACAAAUUUUACAAUUAUAUACUUGAAAACUGGUUUUCCCCGUUUACCAGUUGAAAAACAAGCUGAGCUUGUGCCGACCAUUUUGAAUGCAUUAGAUAAUAAACCACAACUACACAUAGACAGUUUGCUGUUAUUAAUCGUACCACUUUUGGGAAAAGUGAAGAUUCCAACAGAACCAGAAAAAUUAUCCAAUUUAUUUGGUUUAAAUGAAAAGCCACUUCUUACCAAACAGUUAUUGGAAAUUUUAUUGGACAUGAUAAUCUUACCCUACAGUGCGUUGUCACCGCAAACACCUGAAAAUUUAGAGCAAUCAAACAAUGUAUCUUCAACUGUACCCCCUUGCAUGAGUGAGUGGUCUCAUAAAAGGAUAAUCACUAACAGUUCAAUGAAACCUGAAGAUCUUGAAGAGAUUAAACUAGGUAUCAUCAAGUUUCUCGGCCAUGGUGUAUUCAGUAAUGAGGACAUUUUAAUCCACUUGAUAGUAGCAGCUUCUGAUACAAGAUUUGCUGUAACAAAUUUGGCCGAUAUGGAAUUGAGAAAAAUUAUCGGGUCGGUAGAUUGGUCUUCCACUGCCGUGUCACUUCCACUGUACGCCCUUUUUCUGGGAUCUCAAGGUAAAUCCGUCAAACCCGACCAAAAAAAAUCUCCAGCAAACACUAGGAUCCGUCUAAAACUUCUAUCUUCGUUGUGCCGGGUAACGGGUUCUGGUUUUGCCUUUCCUCAUUGUAUACAGGUUAUUUUUGAUUCCCUCUAUGGCACUCAAACAAAUACUAGGCUGAAAACCCUGGCGUUGAAUUUUACUGCUAACAUAAUUCGAUACGCUAAUGAAGAUCCUCUGGGUAAGGUAGCGCCAGUCUUGCUGUCAGGCUUGCAGAAACUGAUAAAAGAAGGGGAUGAAGUACAUCACGGUCAGGCUUACAUCAUAAUAGGAAUGUUGGGACAAAGAUUUCCGAAAAUAGUCUACCACGAUGUUGGAUUGCUGGAAAUGUUUUUCACAAACAUGGAAAGCGCUAGUCCAGAACUGCGUUUGCAAAUCAGAGAGGGGUUACUGAACUUGAUCUUGGCUUACAAACAUGAUAUUUUACCUUCGGAGUGUGACAAAGAUGGGAGGUUGAAUAUACUUUUCGCUUUAAUCAAGUGUAAGAUUGUAUCAGAAGAACCUAUGGUGAGGUUCGUAGCUGUUAGGACUUUGGCGACUAUUUUUCCACCCAAUCACGUUCCUUCAAAGUUCUUGUUGUUAACAGCAACCGGAGAUAGUAAGGACGAAGUGUCUGCGGAAUCAUUCAAGUCCUUGUAUGGCACUACUAGAAAAAAUGAUGUAGAUCUCUCACAGGAAAAGUUAAAAGCGAAAGUUGAUAUGCCUUCUUUCAAAGAAAUUACCAGCUACAUUUUUGGCGAGGCCGAACUCAACAUGAAAAAUAACUCGAAAUCUUUCACUCAAGGAAACCAUGUGCUACCAUUUGCCACGAAUACGUAUGUUGAGGUUCUGCUUUAUUUGAGGUUGUGUUUGCUGAAAGACUUGGAUGUUCCUCUCACCAGGAAUAUCCUCAAGCAUCCUUGCGAAUUUACUCCAAAAAUUAGUUUACAUCUUCAGUCGGUAGAGCAAAACGGCAACGACAAAAACAAGAACCCCCUAGUGCAGUAUACCAACUUAGUUAGGGAACUCAUGAUCGCAAACCCAGGAACUGAACCUUUGUCUUGUAUGGUGGAGCUAGUAGGUUGCUUGCCCAACUUGCACCAAUACAUUUCGAAAGACUUGUCGUGGAUAAAAGACCAAUUAUCUUCUACAAAAGAGCAGGUCAGAGAAUACAGCGCCAUCUUGUACAGUAUGGUCUUGACGUUCUCUACUAGCGAUAACGAAUUUGAAGAGGCCGUCAAAGGCUUGUUGGGCCAAGUGAAUAGUAAAAAUUUGGAAGCUCAACAUGGGGCUCUGUUGGCCGUUGGCCAUUGUCUGGAGAUGAAAAUUAUUAGCCUGAAAAUGGAAGGGAAGGAUGUGGCGGUGGGGGAUCUCUCAAAGUCCAGCAUCGAAACGAUAUUGCCCUUUUUGAAGCAUCAAAACCCCAUUUUGAUGGGCGCAGCCUGUACUUCUAUCGGUUUGCUGGGUAGGGUCCACAGUCUUCCCUUGGAUGAUGGAAAACCGUUGAAGAACGGCAGCCCAGACGCUAAAAGAAUGGCCACGGAUGGUGUGUCGAAAAUCGACAUAGUAAAUCUCCUGCUGGAUAUUAUGAACAACACCAAAUUCACGGCAAAAGCAAGGGAAAAAGCCGCAAAAGCGCUGGGUUUAUUGUGUGUUGGGGAGAAAUUCCCCCACACUGAGGAGGUAUUGCAGGGAUUCUUGAACACAGCAAAGGAGACGAAAGACGUUGAAGUGCACUUCACCAUUGGCGAAUCUUUGGUGAUGUGUUGUCAGGGAAUUUGGUCUCCCGAAGCUAGGAAUCCUUGGACCACUCUUCCGGAAGACUACGUUCCUAAGCAAGCUGGCAUCCAACCGAACGACAAUCUCGAAUGGCUUCUGAACGAGCUGCUCAAACUCGUCGAACAAACUCAUCCCAACUCCAAACAGGCUUCUUGUAUCUGGUUGCUGGCUGUCAUCAAAGGUUGCGGGGAGAGGGGACCGAUCACGCAGAGGCUGAAGCUGUUGCAGGACGCCUUUAUGAGUUUGCUUUGCGAAAAUAACGAUAUCGUCCAGGAUGCCGCGUCUAAAGGUCUCUGUGUGCUUUACGAUAUUUACAAGUCUGAGGAGCUGCUCAGUGCUCUCGUGAAGCAGCUGACUUCUGGUGCCAGGCAAACGGCACAAGUUACCAGCGAUACCAAGUUGUUUAAAAUUUCCAGGGGCAAUUUGACCACGUAUAAAGAGCUCUGUUCUUUGGCGUCCGAUCUGAACAAACCAGAUCUGAUCUACCAGUUUAUGCACUUGGCCAAUCACAACGCCAUUUGGAAUUCGAAGAAAGGCGCCGCUUUCGGUUUCUCGAGCAUCGCCGAAAAAUGCGGCGAGGCUCUGAAGAGCCAUCUGCCGGACAUCAUACCGAAACUUUAUAGGUACCAGUUCGAUCCCACGCCUAGCAUUCAGAUGUCGAUGCAGAAUAUAUGGAGAGUGUUGGUGUCUGAACCACAGAAAAUGGUGAGAUGCUUGUUGAUGGAGAACUUUUUCGAUGUUAACACACCUUUGAUUGUUUUGGCUGGUUUUCGGGUUUUUCUGGGGGUUCCCAAGCACGUUAGGUUGAGGAAGGAAGCCUUGAAUGUGGUUUAUUGCUUGGCGACGAGGUUGAAGGAGAGGGGGAGAGAUAAGGAGUUGGAGACGGUCAUUAGAAUGUUCCAGGAGGUUUUGACGGAUCUGGCGAGCGAUAAUCAACCUGAGAUCAAGUCCAGGGAUUACUAUGAACAAGUGGUUUGCCAAAGAGGUUGCAAGUUUUUCAAUAUAAUAAAACUGAAAGAUGACUCAAAAAUCAACACAACAAAAAAGGAAUGUUUCAUUUCUUGUGAAGAGACUUACAUUGUGAAAGAGGAAAACAACAUUUGCAAGACGGGCUGCAGCAUUAUGGCAAAAGAGCAAGAGAAUUUGGUGUCAACGUUGAUCCUGGAGACGGAGAACAGCAUCGUUCUAGCAAGUCCUGAACGUGAAAUCGAGUUUGACCUGUUCUCAGAUCCCAGUAUCAGGAAUCAGCUGGAAAUAGGUUUCAACGUGGACUAUAAAAUACCCGAAACACACAUAAGAACCAUGCCUAUAGAGAUAACGGAGGAAGAAAUACGAGUUAAGGAAUCAGGUGACUGGUUGGACUGUGCAUCUCGCAACUCAGGUAUCCCCAGGUGGAUAUUGCUAUCGGCUAUUCUAUCUGCCGUGUUGAUAGCUCUGUGGCUAAGUUUCUCCUCUGAGAAACGGAACAGUACCGAAGAGGAAAUCUCUGAAAUUGAUAUACCCGACGAUAAGCUAAUCUUAGAACAUGAUGAUUCUCCAGAGAAAGACCCUUGUUUGCUAGAGCAGGGACCUGUUCUCUUCGUGGAGAACAUUAAUUAUCAACCCGAGGCGCCUCCUAAGUAUACUUUGGAGAACGAUAAAUACAUUGAAACCAAUGUUUCAGACGACUCCAUCAGAUCAGCGUGUGCCCAUACCAUCCAAUCGAUAGGCAUCCACAAUCAGGAAACGCUUAAGUCGCACGCUGAUGUGGUAUUGCCACUCGUAUUCUUCGCCAUGCACGCCGAUAAGACUCCCGAGACGGAAAGGACUCUGGAAAUCUGGAACGAAAUCUGGUCGGAACAGAGUCCCGGCACAGAGACCGGCAUCAGGAAUAAUUUAGGGAACAUUUGCGAUAUGCUCAAGACGGCUCUGGAAUCGCCGUCUUGGACUGUUAAAGCACAGGCUGCUAAUGCUGUGAGCACUGUCGCCAAUAAACUGGGGAGCUCGAUGGAUGCCAAUCACAGGAAUUCUUUGAUAAUGAUUUUGCUGGCUGGGUUAACAGGGAGAACUUGGAAUGGAAAAGAUAAACUUUUGAAAGCCCUGUCCAGUAUUUGUUCCAAUUGCAAAGACGGAAUCAAAGAAGAUCCUAAUAUAGACAUAUCGUUGAUAGUGGAGGCAGUACUGAAAGAAAGCAGAAAAGAGGAGAUCGUCUACAAAAACAGCGCCUUACGUGCUCUGGGAGAAAUAGUUUCUUCCCUAGACGUUGACAAGUUCGAAGAAAUCUACGGCAUCAUACAGAGAGUCUUGACGAACCAGACCACCAACAAAGAUGAAGAUGACUCGGGUGAGGAAAUAUCGAAGAAGAGGGAGGACAUGAUCAAGCUCAAAGAAACUGCUUACGAAACGCUGGGUAAAGCUUGGCCGCAGCACAGCAAAGCGACGCAGGAGAAAUAUAGGGAGCUCUUCGUGGAACACUCUGUACAGCACUUGCCUUCCGUCACCCGCUCGGUCCAAGUUAGCGUUUUGUCUGCUCUGUACAGCUUCGUGGACAAGCUGUCGUUGCUCAGCGAUGAGAAUUUGACAGACAUGGAGAAAGCGAGUUUGGAGAAAAUCGUUACCGACGUCACACUGGCCCUAAGGCUCGCCCUGGGGGUUCCCAAGCACGUUAGGUUGAGGAAGGAAGCCUUGAAUGUGGUUUAUUGCUUGGCGACGAGGUUGAAGGAGAGGGGGAGAGAUAAGGAGUUGGAGACGGUCAUUAGAAUGUUCCAGGAGGUUUUGACGGAUCUGGCGAGCGAUAAUCAACCUGAGAUCAAGUCCAGGGUCGCCGAUAUAAAGAAGAUUAAGGGGGAGUAAUUUAUUUUCUAGGUGUAAAGAACUAAUUUAUGCGAAUAAAGUAACACAGUUGAA